AUGGAACCAAGAACCAAGAAUGUACUACCAGCGUGGUUCAGUGACUAUUUCGUUGGCAUGGCAAUAGUGGAUGACGAGCCAACUUCGUACGAGCAAGCGGUCAGUUGUGUGGAGAAAGACGAGUGGCAAGCAGCCAUGGAUGCCGAGUACGAUUCAUUGGUGUCGAAUGAUACUUGGGAGCUAAUGAACCCACCACCUGCUAAGAACAUCGUCGGAAGCAAGUGGAUGUACAAACGGAAACUGGAUGCAGACGGAAAGGUUGAGCGGAUGAAGGCGAGACUCGUGGCGCAAGGCUGCAGCCAGCGAUUCGGGUCUGACUUUGAGAAACUGCACGACAAGCUGGACGAGGUGGUGUAUAUGCGUCAACCGCCGGGGUACACGUCGCCCGGAAAUGAGAAGAAAGUGUACAGAUUGAAGCGGAGCAUUUACGGCUUGAAGCAGUCCGUAGUUCCGCUUCGUGCCUGUACCGGAAGCGUCAUGCAAAAAAUGAAUAGCCCGACGCUGGAGAACAACGAAGAGUAUCACAAGUUAAUCGGUUGCCUACUGUAUCUGUGCGUCAAUGGCCAUCCGAACAUCGCAGCGGCAGUCGAAAUCCUGAGUCGGAAUCGGAAAUCAUCAUCAUCAUCAUCAUCAUCAUCAUCAUCAUCAUCAUCAUCAUCAUCAUCAUCAUCAUCAUCAUCAUCAUCAUCAUCAUCAUCAUCAUCAUCAUCAUCAUCAUCAUCAUCAUCAUCAUCAUCAUCAUCAUCAUCAUCAUCAUCAUCAUCAUCAUCAUCAUCAUCAUCAUCAUCAUCAUCAUCAUCAUCAUCAUCAUCAUCAUCAUCAUCAUCAUCAUCAUCAUCAUCAUCAUCAUCAUCAUCAUCAUCAUCAUCAUCAUCAUCAUCAUCAUCAUCAUCAUCAUCAUCAUCAUCAUCAUCAUCAUCAUCAUCAUCAUCAUCAUCAUCAUCAUCAUCAUCAUCAUCAUCAUCAUCAUCAUCAUCAUCAUCAUCAUCAUCAUCAUCAUCAUCAUCAUCAUCAUCAUCAUCAUCAUCAUCAUCAUCAUCAUCAUCAUCAUCAUCAUCAUCAUCAUCAUCAUCAUCAUCAUCAUCAUCAUCAUCAUCAUCAUCAUCAUCAUCAUCAUCAUCAUCAUCAUCAUCAUCAUCAUCAUCAUCAUCAUCAUCAUCAUCAUCAUCAUCAUCAUCAUCAUCAUCAUCAUCAUCAUCAUCAUCAUCAUCAUCAUCAUCAUCAUCAUCAUCAUCAUCAUCAUCAUCAUCAUCAUCAUCAUCAUCAUCAUCAUCAUCAUCAUCAUCAUCAUCAUCAUCAUCAUCAUCAUCAUCAUCAUCAUCAUCAUCAUCAUCAUCAUCAUCAUCAUCAUCAUCAUCAUCAUCAUCAUCAUCAUCAUCAUCAUCAUCAUCAUCAUCAUCAUCAUCAUCAUCAUCAUCAUCAUCAUCAUCAUCAUCAUCAUCAUCAUCAUCAUCAUCAUCAUCAUCAUCAUCAUCAUCAUCAUCAUCAUCAUCAUCAUCAUCAUCAUCAUCAUCAUCAUCAUCAUCAUCAUCAUCAUCAUCAUCAUCAUCAUCAUCAUCAUCAUCAUCAUCAUCAUCAUCAUCAUCAUCAUCAUCAUCAUCAUCAUCAUCAUCAUCAUCAUCAUCAUCAUCAUCAUCAUCAUCAUCAUCAUCAUCAUCAUCAUCAUCAUCAUCAUCAUCAUCAUCAUCAUCAUCAUCAUCAUCAUCAUCAUCAUCAUCAUCAUCAUCAUCAUCAUCACCUAAUCAGGUGAAACGUCUGCAGAUCAAUCAUGCAUCGAAAUGCGUGCAUGUCAAAUGUGCAGACCAAGCAAUCGCAGAAAAAAUUGUGAAAGAACACGACGAGCAACACGAGCUUGAAGUGCAAGGCAGUAAGCAUCGGAUACGGUUGGCGAUUGACAGCGGUCGCACCGAGGUCAAAGUUCACGACCUCUCCGAGAGUGUGAGCGAUGAAGAUAUAGCGGUAUUCCUACGUCAUUUCGGCGACGUGCACAAUGUGAAGGAAUUGAGUUGGGGUCCUUCGUUCCCUUAUCAACAUGUGUCUUCUGGGGUACGCGUAGUAACUAUGACACUACGUAACCACAUCCGAUCGUUUGUUACGAUACAAGGUCAGGAAACUCUGGUUACUUACCGAAACCAACCAGCAUCAUGUAAACAUUGCACCCAACCACUACAUCCCGGUAGUACAUGUGUACAAUACAAAAAGUCAAUCCAAGUAAAACCCAACAACCAGUCGACAUCCAACGAAACCGCGGGCAAUGAUAGCCCGAUCCUCAAUCAAGUGACCAAAUUGAACGAGCCGAACAGCUGUUCAAGCUACUCCAGUGUAGUGGACGAGAAAGAGAGGAACAAGCCAUCGAUCGACGACGUCGCAACUACCGGCGGUGGAAAGAAGAGGAGGAAACAAAAAGAGCAGCAACAAUCCACACAGCAGCCCUCGUGUGUGCAAAUAAUCGAACCAACAACGGAGUCGCCGCCGAGAAAGAAGCAAGAUGGGAACGUUAAAUUUUUUCGUAAAGUCAAACAAUCGCAGGGAGAGCGCACGGCAGAUUCUGAAAUGAGUACCGAAUGGAAAGAUGAUGAGUCCGAGCCCGAGCCCGACCGCAAUGAUAUGGAUGCAUGGCUUGCCUGGGUACAAAGAGGCAUCGAAAAAGGAAGGCGUAGACGAGAGUCGAAUAGUAAAUAG